UCAUUUUCCUCUUGACAAUACUCCAUAGAUUCUCUAUGGGAUUUGGGUCUGGCGAGUUUACUGGCCAGUCAAGCACACCAACACCAUGGGCAUUUAACCAGCUUACCAACCAACCAACUAAAUCAUUGAGAACUGGUAAGGUUUUUGUUAAAUGUGAUCCAAAAUCAUCACAAUUAAAAGAACUAAAGACUUAAAGUACGUCAGUCUGUGUGCAUUGAAUUCACUAAAUACAGAAGGUGCACAAUUUGAGUAGAAUUACUGAAAUAAAUUAGCUUUUCAUUGACAUUUGACUUUAUUGAGAAGCAGCACGUGCAGCCAUGACGGUAGAGAACAGGAUCCAGUGUUCGCUUCCCUUUUCGGUCGGCCGAGUCUAGAGCCUCUGUCUGGGAUUUCUUAAAGGCAAACCCAGACUCCAGACCCGAUAAUAGUCCACCAUUACUCUCGGUAUUCCCGACCGGUGGGAAACGUCGAUCUAUUAUAAUGAAAACCCGUCUUUUGAGCGCCUGACGGACAUAUUUAAAUCGGAUUGCAGUCGGCCAUGGCGGAGCAAGGCUAUGUUGACUCGGCCAGUUCAGCGACUGGUUCAGAGGUGCAGGUGUGCUUCCCCAGUGUGCAGGCCUCAGUGCUGGACAGCCUGAAUCGGCAGCGUGAAGAAGGCCAUCUCUGCGACCUCUCCAUCCACGUUCAGGGCCAGGUGUUCAAGGCCCAUCGGUGUGUGCUGGCUGCAUCCUCACCUUACUUCCACGACCAGGUGCUGCUGAAGAACAUGUCCACCGUCUCCAUCCCAGCCGUCAUGGACCCCCUGGCCUUUGAGAGCGUCCUCAGUUGUGCGUACACCGGCCAGCUGCGAAUGCUUCGUGAAGACAUCGUUAACUACCUCACCGUGGGCAGUGUGCUUCAAAUGUGGCACAUUGUGGACAAAUGCACUGAGCUCCUCAAAGAGGGCAGGGGAGGUUCCAGUGGAGCUCAGGGAUCUGGAGACAAGGAGAGCGCAGGACAGAGCGGCAGCGCUAACAAGAUCACCCAAGAGGAUGGAGGAGAUGCACCUUCGACUCCUCAACCUCCCAGCCGACCUUCCUUCAGCGAGAGCCAGUCCCCGAGCAGCACCAAUUACUUCAGUCCUAGAGACGCACACUUCGGUGGGACGAUGGUGACCACCGGAGCAGUGGGAGAGAGUGCUGCUCACUCCACCCCGACCUACUGCAUGCCCUCCGGCGGAGAGGAAGGCUUCAUGAUCGAAGACGAAGAAGAAGACGACGACGAGCUCUUGUUUCCCAGGAAAAGAGAUCGGGGAGGCAAGCACAAGGUCGCGACCUCUGUCUCCGAUCAAGAGGUUGGAGUGAGCGACAGUUUUGGAGUUUCUUCGUAUCAAGAUGGAGACUCUUCUCCACCCCAGAAGCGACCGUCUUACAGUCAGCCGAGCAUCAUGCCCCGAAAACAGUGGGUGGUGGUGAAGACGGAGCACUCGAGAGACGACGAUCUGAUCGUGGUGUCAGGAGGAGAGGAGGGAGGAGACGAUGAAGAGGAACGAGAGAUGGAGAUGAUCAGACAGAGGGACAGGACAUUUAACAUAUCGAACGUAAGGACCCUCUCUGGACUCAGAGAAGAAGCUGAAAUGGAGGCGCAGGCUGACUAUUGCCAGUCCUCUGAAGAUUACCUCAAGUUUGAGAGGGGUUUGAUCGACCAGACGUCCUCCCAACAAGCUCCUGAGAAUCCCAGUCAAUGCUCCAGUAGGACCGUGUCCACCCGGCUCGGCUCGGUUCAGUCAACGGCCGGCCGAGCUCAGCUCUUCCCUCUGGAUAUGCAGGGAAACCAGAUUCUCCUGUACAAUCAAGCUGCCCUGGACUCUACAUCUCCAUUAGGACUUGCAGGAGGCAUGUCUGGGGUGUCUCUAAAAGGUAGUCUCGAACACGGAGCGGUUCACUUACCCACCCAAGGCACUCUGGGGAGCGGGAUGGAAGGAUUAGACGGCGGUGUGGCUGGAAGUUCAGGAAAGGUCUUCAUGUGUCACUGCGGGAAGACGUUCACACACAAGAGCAUGAGGGACCGGCACAUCAACAUGCACCUGGACCUGCGGCCCUUCCACUGCCCCGUCUGCGCCAAGAAGUUCAAAAUGAAGCAUCACCUCACCGAGCACAUGAAGACCCACACCGGUCUGAAGCCCUACGACUGCCACGGCUGCGGGAAGAAGUUCAUGUGGCGCGACAGCUUCAUGAGACAUCGCUCGCAUUGUGAGAGGCGCAGCAGAGCCGAAGGAAGAGCCGGAUCCGAAAGGUCGGUCAUUUCUCCACCGCAUCACAUGAAGCUUGCGUCAGCUAACGAGACCAAUCAAGGUAACAUUGGUGCCAGAAGCGGGAUCCCCGUCUUGUCUCCGCAACAUUCCUUGAGCAACAACAGCGUUUCUUGUCUCAACAUGGCCGCUUCUGGGCCUCUUCUUGGUAUCAGUUCUCAAAGUGGGCCGCAUGGCCUUGGAUCUAGCGUUUUGGGCAUCGGUGGCAAUCGUAGCGGGUGUGUGGAAGAAGUCUGUGAGGGCAACGUUGAUGAAAGCAGCGUCACAUAAGAGGUUUCCCUCUGAAAUCAACAUCCCGGCUAAACCAGAUCACUUGUCUUGGGUUUCAAGAGACUAUGGGCCAGAUUUACUAAACGGCAAAUUAGCAUUAGAGCACAAUUCCAUAAAAGCGCCGAUGGGACAGGAAUGAUCUGCGGUUGAUUAACGUAAAAGGUGCAGAUUAACGAACACAGACGCAGCAUCGGUUUUCCAUAAUGACCAGCGCUUGGGAUUGUAAAAGUAAUCUACCAAGAGCAGCGCAAAUUACCACCUGUUUUUAGAGCAUGCUUUUUUGGGGCAUUAAAUAAUGCCACAAAAACCAGGGUGUUGACAAGUGCAAAUCUUGGUAAAUUGCAUUGUGUGAUUCAUUUAAAUACUCUCUUCCCAUAAACUUACUGAUUGAAAUUGAAACUCUUACAAAUGCAUAUUCUAUAAGGUCACAAAAAUAACUGUUUCCACGAUUUUCAGUGCUAAUUUCCCACUGCGUGUCUUUAGUAAAUCCUGACAGUAACACAGGUUAGCGCUGGCGUGAGCUGAUAGUAAAUCUGGUCCUAUGUGCACAAUUCUCUGAUUCUUUACCUCAUGUCGGUGAGUGCACCAUACUAGAUGUCCCAUGUGUGUUUGAAAAUAAUACCAAUGACCAAGUGCCCACUGUUAGCUCACGUAUGUAUCUACUCAAAGACCAGGCUGCUGUGGUGACUGUCGAAACCGUAUCCCGGCCAGGAAUACAGGACGGUCACCAUCACGUUCAAGCUGCCUCACUAGCACUGAACAUUCGUUCACUGUUGCUCUAAAGUGCCGUUCUGUUAUUAUGUGUAUGAUAUUAUGUUGUACAGAGCUGUACAAUACUGUAACUCAUUUGGUCUGUUCUUGAUGUGAAGUUUUAUUGUACAGUCACUCAACUAUAUAUAGUAUAUUCAAUCUCAAAGGUUUUAAAUUUCUUGUUUUCUUAAGUUAGAGACAAGAAUGUAGUUUCCUCUGCACUUUGGUGUCUUAAGGCCCAUUCACACUAAGGAUGAUAACCGUAAUGAUAACUAUGAAGGAUAAUAACGAUAACUCAUUGGCAAAAAUGGAAAAUAAUUAUAGUGAUGACUUAAAGGUUUGUUCGCAAAAAGGACUAUAAUAACAACAAUAACUUAAAAGGUCUGUUUACACCAAUAAACAACAAAGGAUUGUUCGCCAUAAAGGGUCAUUGCAAAAAGGAUAACUGUAACAUUCAAAUAAACAACGAUAACUAUUACAAAAACUAUGAAGGCUCAUUCACAAAGUAAGUCGAUAACUGUAAUGUUAACUAUAAAGGUAUGUUCACAAAAAGAAUAAUUACUACAAUAACUAUCAAAGCUUGUGUGUAAAAAAAGGAUGAUAACAUUAAUGGAAUUUUUUUUUUUUGAAAAAGGAUGAUAUUUAUGACAAUAACUAUAAAGGUCUGUUCAUACCAAAAACUAUAAUGAUAACAAUAACGGCUUGUUCGCAAAAUGGAUUACAUCUAUAUUGGGUCAUCGCAAAAAGGAUGCUAACUAUAUUGAUAAAUGUAAAGGUACGUUCACAUAAAAAACAAUAACUGUUAGAAUAAUAAAAGUUUAUUCACAAAAAAUGGAGAGUAAUUAACUCUAAAGGCUCAUUCAUAAGAAAUUGAAGAUGGCUAUUAAGUCUGUAAGUCCGUUUACACAAAUAACGACAACUAUAAUAAGAGCUAUGAAGCCUUGUUCACAAAAA